CUCUCCUUUUUCUUCAUUCUAGUCCUCAGGAAAAAAUUGUUUUUCUGUCAUACGUCAGUUUAGUCAAUUUAAGGAAAAUCUAACCCAACCCAAGAAGGAAUUACAGAACAGGGUAAUCAUCAUGGCUAGCCAGAUCGACGGAAAGAAGACAGCAUGUGUUGUCGGUGGCAGUGGAUUCGUAGCUGCUCAGCUGAUUAUGCUGUUGCUUGAGAAGCGUUACUCUGUUAACACAACAGUUAGGGACCCAGACAACCAGAAGAAGAUCUCUCACCUCAUGGAACUACAAAAGUUAGGUGAUCUAAAAAUCUUUCGGGCAGAUUUAACCGACGAGGGGAGCUUUGAUGCCCCGAUAGCUGGUUGUAAUCUUGUCUUCCAUGUUGCUACCCCUGUCAAUUUUGCUUCUCAAGAUCCUGAGAAUGACAUGAUCAAGCCGGCAAAACAAGGAGUUGAGAAUAUUUUGAAGUCCUGUGUAAAAUCAAAAACAGUUAAGCGUGUCAUUCUGACAUCGUCAGCUGCAGCUGUGUCAUGCAAUACACUUAGUGGCACAGGUAUGGUUAUGAAUGAGAAAAAUUGGACUGAUGUUGAGUUCUUGGAAUCAGAGAAACCGCCUACUUGGGGGUACCUUGUUUCCAAGACGGUAGCUGAGAAGACUGCUUGGAAGUUUGCUGUAGACAAUAAUAUUGAUCUGAUUACAGUAAUCCCUACUCUCAUGACCGGGCCUUCACUCACGCAGGAUGUGCCCAGCAGCAUUGGCCUUGCUACAAGUUUGCUUACAGGAAAUGAAUUCCUCAUAAAUGCUAUGAAAGGAAUGCAAAUGCUGUCAGGUUCAAUCUCCAUCACGCAUGUUGAGGACGUCUGUCGAGCACAUGUAUUCUUGGCUGAGAAAGAAUCUGCUUCGGGGCGAUAUAUAUGCUGUGCUGUAAAUACCAGUGUUCCUGAGCUUGCUAAGUUCCUCAACAAGAGAUACCCUGAAUUCAAAGUCCCCAUUGAUUUUGGAGAUUUCCCAUCCAAUGCAAAGCUAAUUCUUUCCUCAGAGAAACUUAUCAAUGAAGGAUUCAGCUUUAAUUACGGGCUAGAGGAAAUCUAUGACCAAACUGUAGCAUUCUGCAACGCUAAGGGUAUGCUCAAGUGAAGACUGCUCUUUUUUGAAAAACAGCCUUGGAAUGAAAACAGAUUGAUUGACUUAAUUCAAUCUAGAACCUUCUGCUGGAUCAAAGGAAACUCUACCUGUGCUAAGUUCAAUUUCGUGGACUGGUGUCAAUUCCCACUCCAUUGUGCGGUUGAUUUUUAACUUAUUAAACUUUUAAUGUAAUGUAUGGGUGAGUACCCCUUGUACUCUUUUAUUAAUAACACUUUUGAUUCAUC